AAAUUUUACCAUUUCAUCAACUUGUAAAACCUAUCUCUAAACCCCCACAAAUCUUUUUCCUCCUUUGAGCCUCCAUUAAUGGACGUUGAAGAAUUCCUUAACCUCUUUGAUUUUCACUGGUUUGAAUAUCAAAUUCUCAAACCCAAACGCCCCUUUUCUACAACAACCCCAAUUCUUGAAGAAACCCCAAAACUUUCAAAAACUCCAACUUUUAUGGUCAGAUCUCAAAGUGACCUCUGUUUAAGCUCUAAAGAUUACAUCUUUGAUUCUAUUUCCGAGAAAUCACAAUCCCCAUCUCCAAAAUCUGUUCUUGAAGCUAAACUUCAGCCAAUUCUGUCUGGUAAAGAAUACAAUGAACUCAAAUCUUCCCCUGAAGCAGCUGUUAAAAACAGAGCAAAUUGCAGAAGCAGAAAGAAGAAGAGUAAUAACAGUAAAAGUUUAUCAGAGCUGGAAUUUGAAGAGCUAAAAGGGUUUAUGGAUCUUGGAUUUGAGUUUUCAGAGAAAGAUAAAGAUUCAAAUUUGGUUUCAAUAAUUCCUGGAUUGAAAAGACUAGGAAUGGAAAAUGAAAGGGGUUUUGAUGAAAAUGAUGAAAGUGGAGUUUCUAGGCCUCAUCUUUCAGAAGCAUGGGGUGUUUGGGAAGAACAGAAAAAAAUGGAGGACUGGAAAAAAAAUUCAUUGAAAAUUUGGAAGUUUGAUUCAGAUUUUGGAAAUGAAAUGGAAAUUAAACAUCAGUUGAAGUUUUGGGCUCAUACUGUUGCUUCUACUGUUAGAUAGUAACUCGGGUUCGAGUCCUGGAUACGAAAAAAAGUUUUGGUUGAGUAUUGCCCUCAGCGCCAUUUGAAUUUAAUUAGAACCCCAGUACGAGCAUCGAACUCCGAGUUUGAAACCAAGAAAUAUCUUCAAGAAGAUGAAAUGGGAUUACCUUUUCUUUUAUUGAUCUAACUGUAAAUAUUUGUUUUGGCUAAAUUUUUUCCAAUUAAUCAUAGAAAGCUUUUUAUUUACUA